AAGUAGUUACACAAGUCCAACCAUAUCUAUAUAAGAAACUUGUAGUUCAUAUCAACUUCUUCAUCCAUAACUGAAAUAGAAUUAAAUCAGGGAAUCAUUUCUGCAAGCUAUUACUCCUACUAUAGUCUACUUCAACUUAGAAUUAAAUUAAAUCAGCGAAUAUGAGUUCAACAAGGAAAGCAUGGAUGGUUGCUGUUAGUGUUGGUGUUGUUGAAGCACUGAAAGAUCAAGCUGGAAUGUGCAGAUGGAAUUAUACUCUCAGAUCAAUCCAUCAGUACACAAAGAACAGAGUUAAAUCAUCUGUUUCUCAAGUUACUUCUUCUUCUUCUAUUCCAGCUUCUUCUGUCAUUCCAGACCAGAUUAUGAUGAUGAAGCAGCAUAGAGACCAUGAAAUGAAGCAAUCUGAUGAAUCACUUAGAACAGUUAUGUAUUUGAGCUGUUGGGGUCCAAAUUGAAAUGAAAGCCUUUUGUUCCCCAAACUCUAGCUAAGAUCUAAUUUAAUGUGUAAUUCCCCUUUGUUAAAUGGGGCUUGUAUGUAUAUAUAUAUGAACCCGAAAUUUUUUUCACAAUUUUUUCCCAUUUUA